AUGACCAGAGACUCGAAAUCAAACCGAUUUUUGUUGGCAAGGAGUGUAAGGACCUGUCCUGAUGGGGUGGAGUUUGACACAGCUAUAAUGUGCCUUUCAGCUGAACCGUGUCAGAAUGGAGGAUACAGCAUCGCUGAUCAAAUGGGAUGCUUCCUAAGAUGUAACUGCCCUUACGGAUUCAGUUCACCGUUAUGUGAAUAUCAGUGUGAGAUUAAGACAAAUUAUCUGCCCGGAUAUAAACUGAAGAGUUUAUACUUAAGAAAACGAAUAGCGAUGAAUUUCAAAGCUACGACAAUAGGUUUAGUAUUAUCUGCUUCUAGGCAUGCACACGACCGAGGUGGAAUUUCAAUACAUCCAUGUUCAGAAAAUAACACUAUCCAAAUAAGGAGGUGGUCACACGCAGAAUCUUCCACUAUUAUAGCUGUACGUGACCCGGAAAUGAUCUGCGAUGGAAAUUCAAGUAACCCCUACUGGAUUGAUUUUUACAACAACGCCUACCAAGUGGGGCACAUUGGUGACCCGGAACCAAUCCUUCAAUGGAUAGAUGACCAGCAGUUUUCGAUCCGUUACGCUCAUGUAUUAAGUGAAUUCGUCGGAAGCGUGGAAUUUGAUAUACCCUGCUCCAGUGGAUAUAAAUGGCCGCAGUAGGAUUUUCAAAUUAGGGGGCAAAAGAACUAGAUUUUGUAUUAUAGGCCCUCUUGA